AUGGGGGCUACUGGGAUGGGGGCUACUGGGAUGGGCUGGGGGCUAUGGGCUGGGGCUGGCUGUUGACCUCUCCCUGGAGCACAGGGGUUACCCUGGCCGGGUGGGUGCCCCUAUAUCCGUGCCCCCAGCCCCGGUGCCCCGUUGUAUGGGGUCGGGGUGCGGCUGUGGCUGUGUCUCCACCUCCCCUUUGCCCCGGCGCUGACUCAGCCCCACGCGCCGCUUUGCCGGGGCGCCGCGAUGGAUUACGCCAAAUCCCUCAGCUUGCGCCUGGCCGCCCCCGUCUCCAAAUGCGUCUCCGCCAGCGCCUCGAUGACCCAGCAGCUGCUGCUGAACCCGGCGCCGCGGCCCCGACCUUUUCGGGUUUGCAACUGGGACCGCAGCCUGCGCAAGGGCAUCAUGGCCCCGAGCCUCGCCGAGCUGCUGCGCCAGGCUCAGAGCGCCCUGCUGGCCCCCGGCCCCGUUGUGCUGGUGCUGGAGGAGGACGGCACGGCGGUGGAGACGGAGGCGUUUUUCCGCACCCUGGAGGAAGGCGCCGUGCUGAUGGCGCUGGCCAAGGGGCAGACGUGGGCUGCCCCCAAGACCCCCGGCUACCAGCUGAGCCUUUCCCGCAAGCCCCCCCGGCGGAUCGACGUCGCCUGCGUCACUUUUGACCUCUACAAAAGCAGCCCCCGGGACCUGGGCUGCCUCAACGUCAAAGCCACGCUCUACGGCACCUACAGCAUGUCCUACGACCUGCGCUGCCGCGGCGCCAAGCGGCUCGUCAAGGAAGCCCUGCGCUGGGUGCUCUUCGCCAUGCAAGCCACCGGCCACGUGCUGCUGGGCACCUCCUGCUACAUGGAGCAGCUCCUGGACGCCACCGAGGAGCCCAAGGAGGAGGAGAGGAACCCGGUGCUGCCCCGAGUCCUGCCCCGCAGCCUCCCCCCGCCGCCGCCAUCCCCCAAAAAGACCCCGCAGUGAGGGCUGGGGUGUUUUGGGGGGUCCCCUGGAGCUGUGCCGGGUGGAUGCGGCCACGUCUCCGCGGUAGCUGUUACUCUGUAAAUAUAUUUAUUUAAGAAAAUUU